GCAGCUCCGGUUGGGGCGGCUUCCCGGGGCCUGCGGGUCCCCGUCCCUGAGGAGCUCCGGCUCCUCGGUGGCGGGACAGGCCCGUGCGCGGGAGCCGCGAGGCGAACGCCGCGCCCACCAAUUCGGUUGCCGGCCGGGGGCCCCAGGCUUGCGGCCACCCGCCUCCGGCUGGAGGGCUGAAUUCGAGUCGAAAGCCCGUGUCGGGCUGGAAAGAAGAAACCGCCAACCUGAGAACGCUUUCGGCGAGUUACUGGCAGGGGAAAUGGGGACAGGGAAGUGGGCAGGCGGGGAGACUGCAGCCGCAGAUCUCCCUGGCGGGGAGGUCGUGGCCACUCUUUCCUUUGACUCUGCCUCAUUUCAUUUUGAAUCCUGAUGUGACAGAGGCAAUUGCUUGCUUGGAUACCAUAUAGGUAAAAGUAACAGUUUUCAACUCGACUCUUGACUACACCCUGUACAUUCUUGGCCGGUGUUGGUUUUCUUAGGUUAUGGAUCAUGUUAAAGGGACACCGAUGUGGUAACCGCACAGUGGCUGGUGGUGGCCUGAGGCUCAUAUUUAUGGUAAUUAUCUGAUGAAAGUACAUCCAUCAGAAUUGGAUUUGUGCCUCUGUGCCUUUAUUUUGGGAAACCUUGCCUGGUCCGUGUGGGGGAUGGGAGAGGAAUGUGAAAAGCCGAAGUUGACCCAGAAAAGGAUGAUUGAAGGUAGUUGUAUUAAGUGGUGGCACCGAAAUGAUCCCACCCUGAACUUUCUGAAAGGGUGAUUAGUGAUCAGCAGCUGACGUUAUAACUUUCUCAAAAUAAAUUUACGGUAGAUUUUCUAUCUGGUCACAAGUGAGGAGGUGAAAGCUGCUUUUUGGGGCCAACUCUUUGCUUUUAAAGCAAGCUAAACGCAAUACCAGAAAGGUUUCCAUUCUGUACUUAACCUGCUUGUCCUUCUCACUCUUCCUUCUCCUCUCGCACACGCUCUGAGCAUUGACUGAGCACUCUGAGGAGGAGGCUGACUCAGGCUGACCCUUCCCGGCCCUGCAAGGCUCUAAGGUAGAACCAGUGUUAUCACAGGAAAGGCCCAAGCCAAAGCUCAGAGCAGCUGUUCCUGAGAAAGUGGGAGAUGAGGAUGAGUAGGAGGUAGAGAUGCUUAUAACUGCUCUGCCCAGAGAAAACUCAGAAGGUGCAGAAGAGUUUUCAAAAUAAAGUGCAGGCCCCAUCAAGUAAAAAAUGAAACAUUGUAUUUCAUUAAAAUGGUGAUCAGUUUUCUCUUUUCAUAAAAGACAUUCAAAUGGUGAGAUUGUAAAAAAAAAAAAAAAGAAAAAGAAAACUUUCUGAUUCUCAAAAAUAGAACAGCUUGAAUAAUAACUCAUGGGUUUUGAAAUGGGUCAUCUUUUAAAAUGGGUCACUUUGGCUAGAAUCAUUGCACUUGGUGACUUUCACAUUGUAAAGGGUCCAGUUCUUUCUGAGGCCCAAUUGCACUAGAAUCUGCAUUUCAGAACACAGGAGGUAUCAGGAAGAAACUGGGAGAAAUUCAGAAGGAAAUUGUCUCUUCUCGGAAUAACAAAAUGUCCCCUAUUCAGGGGGAAUUUUAUAUAUGCUGAAGUAAAUAGAUCUCAGCUUUGAAUUUUUAUAAUACAUUAUGCCUUUUCUGAAGUAUUUCCAUAGCCAUUAUUUUAAUGCAUUGUUAGAAUAACCUUGUAAGGAGAGGAAUUCAUUGUAUCUGUGUUCCAGAAACUGAGGCACAGUAAAUUACAAGAGCUCUGCCCUUUGAUAUCGAAUCUCUGUGAGCGAAGAUGUAACCAGAACAGUGUAAAUCUAGAAUUACUUUCCUUACGGUCCAGAUUCCAGCUUGCACUGGAAUAUUUAUUGACCCUUUGAUAGAAGAUCUACACCUGAAACAUCUCUGAAGUCUUUUUAGCAUCCUAUCCUGCCCAUGGCCUACUACACAGUGGCAUGGAAUGUUCACAUGGGAGAGCCGCAUGAGGCCGCCCACCACGCUUCCUGAAGGAUGCCCGUGUGGAAGAAUUUUGACGUGCCAGUGUCCUCGUUCUACAGGGUGUUCCGUUCUUCCGCAAUCUCAGAAAAAUGGGACUAAAAGAAACUAGUUUGUAAAAUAAGAAGACUUCCAUUUUUAAUGACCAACAUGUAUUAAGAUGGACACCUACUCUACGAAACACGAAGUUCUAUGGUCUGGAAGAAGCCAGUGCCUGUUUAAAACCGAUCCUAACUAAAAACAGACUUGAGUGGAUAUGAGAAUGUUGGUUAGUGGCAGAAGAGUCAAAAAAUGGCAGUUAAUUAUUCAGUUAUUUGCUACUUGUUUUUUAGCGAGCCUCAUGUUUUUUUGGGAACCAAUCGAUAAUCACAUUGUGAGCCAUAUGAAGUCAUAUUCUUACAGAUACCUCAUAAAUAGCUAUGACUUUGUGAAUGAUACCCUGUCUCUUAAGCACACCUCAGCGGGGCCUCGCUACCAAUACUUGAUUAACCACAAGGAAAAGUGUCAAGCUCAAGACGUCCUCCUUUUACUGUUUGUAAAAACUGCUCCUGAAAACUAUGAUCGACGUUCCGGAAUUAGAAGGACGUGGGGCAAUGAAAAUUAUGUUCGGUCUCAGCUGAAUGCCAACAUCAAAACUCUGUUUGCCUUAGGAACUCCUAAUCCACUGGAGGGAGAAGAACUACAAAGAAAACUGGCUUGGGAAGAUCAAAGGUAUAAUGAUAUAAUUCAGCAAGACUUUGUUGAUUCUUUCUACAAUCUUACUCUGAAAUUACUUAUGCAGUUCAGUUGGGCAAAUACCUAUUGUCCACAUGCCAAAUUUCUUAUGACUGCUGAUGAUGACAUAUUUAUUCACAUGCCAAAUCUGAUUGAGUACCUUCAAAGUUUAGAACAAAUUGGUGUUCAAGACUUUUGGAUUGGUCGUGUUCAUCGUGGUGCCCCUCCCAUUAGAGAUAAAAGCAGCAAAUACUACGUGUCCUAUGAAAUGUACCAGUGGCCAGCUUACCCUGACUACACAGCCGGAGCUGCCUAUGUAAUCUCCGGUGAUGUAGCUGCCAAAGUCUAUGAGGCAUCACAGACACUAAAUUCUAGUCUUUACAUAGACGAUGUGUUCAUGGGCCUCUGUGCCAAUAAAAUAGGGAUAGUACCGCAGGACCAUGUGUUUUUUUCUGGAGAGGGUAAAACUCCUUAUCAUCCCUGCAUCUAUGAAAAAAUGAUGACAUCUCAUGGACACUUAGAAGAUCUCCAGGACCUUUGGAAGAAUGCUACAGAUCCUAAAGUAAAAACCAUUUCCAAAGGCUUUUUUGGUCAAAUAUACUGCAGAUUAAUGAAGAUAAUUCUCCUUUGUAAAAUUAGCUAUGUGGACACAUACCCUUGUAGGGCUGCGUUUAUCUAAUAGUACUUGAAUGUUGUAUGUUUUCACUGUCACUGAGUCAAACCUGGAUGAAAAAAACCUUUAAAUGUUUGUCUAUACCCUAAGUAAAAUGAGGACGAAAGACAAAUAUUUUGAAAGCCUAGUCCAUCAGAAUGUUUCUUUGAUUCUAGAAGCUGUUUAAUAUCACUUAUCUACUUCAUUGCCUAAAUUCAUUUCAAAGAAUUUGUAUUUAGAAAAGGUUUAUAUUAUUAGUGAAAACAAAACUAAAGGGAAGUUCAAGUUCUCAUGUAAUGCCACAUAUAUACUUGAGGUGUAGAGAUGUUAUUAAGAAGUUUUGAUGUUAGAAUAAUUGCUUUUGGAAAAUACCGAAUGAACGUAUAGUACAACAUUUCAAGGAAAUGAAUAUAUUGUUAGACCAGGUAAGCAAGUUUAUUUUUGUUAAAGAGCACUUGGUGGAGGUAGUAGGGGCAGGGAAAGGUCAGCAUAGGAGAGAAAGUUCAUGAAUCUGGUAAAACAAAGUCUCUUGUUCUUAAGAGGAGAUGUAGAAAAAUGUGUACAAUGUUAUUAUAAACAGACAAAUCACGUCUUACCACAUCCAUGUAGCUACUGGUGUUAGAGUCAUUAAAAUACCUUUUUUUGCAUCUUUUUUCAAAGUUUAAUGUGAACUUUUAGAAAAGUGAUUAAUGUUGCCCUAAUACUUUAUAUGUUUUUAAUGGAUUUUUUUUUUAAGUAUUAGAAAAUGACACAUAACACGGGCAGCUGGUUGCUCAUAGGGUCCUUCUCUAGGGAGAAACCAUUGUUAAUUCAAAUAAGCUGAUUUUAAUGAAGUUUUCAACUGGUUUUUAAAUAUUCAAUAUUGGUCUGUGUUUAAGUUUGUUAUUUGAAUGUAAUUUACAUAGAGGAAUAUAAUAAUGGAGAGACUUCAAAUGGAAAGACAGAACAUUACAAGCCUAAUGUCUCCAUAAUUUUAUAAAAUGAAAUCUUAGUGUCUAAAUCAUUGUACUGAUGACUAAAAUUAACCCACUCCUCCCCAGCAAGGUCUUAUAAACCACAGCACUUUGUUCCAAGUUCAGACUUUUAAAUUGAGAGCAUUAAACAUCAAAGGUAUAAUAUCUAAAACAAUUUAUUUUUCAUCAAUAACUGUCAGAGGUGAUCUUUAUUUUCUAAAUAUUUCAAACUUGAAAACAGAGUAAAAAAGUGAUAGAAAAGUUGCCAGUUUGGGGUUUAAAGCAUUUUUAAAGCUGCAUGUUCCUUGUAAUCAAAGAGAUGUGUCUGAGAUCUAAUAGAGUAAGUUACAUUUAUUUUACAAAGCAGGAUAAAAAUGUGGCUAUAAUACACACUACCUCCUUUCAGUACAGAAAGAAUUAGGUGGUGUCUACUGCUAGGGAGAUUAUAUGAAGGCCAAAAUAAUGACUUCAGCAAAAGUGACUGAACUCACUCUAAGACCUUUGACUGCAGAGGCACCUGUUAGGGAAAAUCAGAUGUCUCAUAUAAUAAGGUAAUGUCGGAAACAUGCAAAACAAAACUAAAAAAGAUUUCUCAGUAUACACAACUGGAUGAUGAUACUUACAGUUUUUAGCAGGUAGCUUGUUAAUGUUUACAGAAAUUUUAAUUUUUUUCUAUUUUGAAAUUUGAGGCUUGUUUACAUUGCUUAGAUAAUUUAGUAUUUUUAACUAAUGUCAAAACUACAGUGUCAAACAUUCUAGGUUGUAGUUACUUUCAGAGUAGAUACAGGGUUUUAGAUCAUUACAGUUUAAGUUUUCUGACCAAUUAAAAAAAGUAGAUAAAAGCAUAUUUGACCAAGCAACAAGCUUAUAAUUAAUUUUUAUUAGUUGAUUGUUUAAUGAUGUAUUGCCUUUUGCCCAUAUAUACCCUGUGUAUCUACACUUGGAAGUGUUUAAGGUUGCCAUUGGUUGAAAACAUAAGUGUCUCUGGCCAUCAAAGUGAUCUUGUUUACAGCAGUGCUUUUGUGAAACAAUUAUUUAUUUGCUGAAAGAGCUCUUCUGAACUGUGUCCUUUUAAUUUUUGCUUAGAAUAGAAUGGAGCAAGUUUAAAUUUCAAGGAAAUAUGAAGGCACUUCCUUUUUUUCUAAGAAGGAAGUUGCUAGAUGAUUCCUUCAUCACACUUACUUAAAGUACUGAGAAGAGUAUCUGUAAAUAAAAGGGUUCCAACCUUUUAAAAAAGAAGGAAAAAACUUUUUGGUGCUCCAGUGUAGGGCUAUCUUUUUAAAAAAUGUCAACAAAGGGAAAAUAAACUAUCAGCUUGGAUGGUCACUUGAAUAGAAGAUGGUUAUACACAGUGUUAUUGUUAAAAUUUUUUUACCUUUUGGUUGGUUUGCAUCUUUUUUCCAUAUUGUUAAUUUUAUACCAAAAUGUUAAAUAUUUGUAUUAUUUGAAUUUUGCUCUUGUAUGGCAAAAUAAUUAGUGAGUUUUAAAAAAAUCUAUGGUUUCCAAUAAACAACUGAAAAAUUA